AUGCGUCUGCCUGCCCUGGAAAACUUUGAUGGCCAAUCCAUGUCUAAGCUCUCAGAAGAAAUCAACUUCGCGUUACCCGUGCAUGCGCAUUCGACGUGGCCUGGGGUGAGUCGCUUUCAGCAUGUAAUCCGACUCUUGUACCCUUCUACCGUUCAACUGCGAAAUGUGCAGCCACUUCCCGGGCACCUUCAUUCGCUGUACUUGAUGAAAUUGUCAAACGAGAAUGAACUCAUUGUGAAAUUUGCCCUCCUAUCAGCCGCACCGCUUAUGCGAAGAGAGCGGUUUUCUUUAGAAACCGAAGCUCUAGCUCUCGAUUUGCUAAAACAGACAGCAAAUCCGUUCAUUCCCCAGUUCAUUCACUAUGCUCCUGAGGAUAGCUCUCUUGGCGCUGGUUUUUUCCUUAGACAAUACGUCAAGGGUCCUUCGCUGCUAGAGAGUGAACAUCGUCUCUGUCCGCAAGCUCGCAAGGACAUCGAACAAGAUCUUGGACUUUUGGUCAACGAGAUCGGUCAGAAUGUCUCCACAGCGUUUGGGCCCCUGACCAAGGUAGCUGCAGGAACGGGAAGCCCAUCCUGGCGCCAGUCAUUUAUUUUGCUCUUUGAAGAGGUGCUUCGUGAUGCCGAGGACAUGUUCAUUCAUCUUCCAUACAGCCAACUCCGAGAACAAUUAUGUCGAUUCGCUUCGACUCUUGACGAAAUCACGGUGCCAAGACUGACAGUCAUCAAUUUUGGCCGUCCGUCGGAUAUUCUGCUUGAUUCCGAUUGCAAACAACUAUCCGGUGUCUCGGAUUUUAGCACUGCCAUAUGGGGAGAUGUUUUGAUGGCCGAGGUCUUUGAAGAGCCCUCGGAAGCUCUAUUCACUGGAUUUGGGUCAAUCCCGUCAAACGGACAAUUUCAAACAGUCCGGUUUCUUUUAAUCGUCGAGCUUUAUUAUCGGAAUAGAACAGACGAUGUGACGGAGAUGCAUGCUCGCCGCAAAUUGACAGAUGCCCUACAACACCUAUCUACAACUGAGGCCGAAUGA